AUGUCUGCCUCGGCCCUGGACAGAACCGCAGCUGCCAGAGGCAGGAUGGACGCCCGACAGACACUCGGAAGGCCGGUUCUCCGAAGCGCCGCAUCGCUACUCAAGUCUAGAACCCAGGGCCCCGUUAGAUUCCCGCCGUUCGAAGAUGUCGGCGCACACAUCAUGCAGGAAAUCGUGGCUUAUCAGAUCAGCUCGUUUGGUCAAAUACAGCAGUGCAGUGAACACAUCCCAUACAACAGUACGAAGAAAAACUUUUACGAAAAGACUGGCCGGGAAAGCAUUGAAGCCUUCAAGUACGAGUUUCGGGUUCCCGGCCAACAGGCCACCUACAAGGUCAUGUGGGACUACAACAUAGGCCUCGUCCGCAUGACGCCGUUCUUCAAAUGUCUGGGAUAUCCGAAGAUGCUGGAGAAGAACCCGGGGCUACGAGAGAUAUCUCCCAGCAUCACCGGGGGCUCAGUAAGCGCUCAAGGGUACUGGAUGCCGUAUCGAUGUGCCCGAGCCGUCUGUGCAACGUUCUGCCACGAUAUCGCUGGGGCUUUGAUCCCCUUAUUCGGCCCCGAAUUCCCGUUGGAAUGCACGCCGCCCGAUUCUCAGUUCUUCGGAGACAUGGUCAUCAGCCAUCAACUUGUCGUCGAGGCGACGAUGGAGGCUGAAGCAUCCCGUCACGCCUACGAAUCGAGAAAGGAAGCGGCUCUGAACGGAUCUAUGUACCAACCUACUUAUCGUACCCAGGUCCCCAACUCCCCAAAUCGGGCUGUGAUAGGGCCCGGAACGGCCACGGAGCCCUGGGUCAUCAAGCGGCGGCGGCCAGAUCAAGAAUGCUCGAACGAUGCGUACGCUCCGACGAGAGCAAAGGCAGCCAGGGUGGGGUUUGACGCCACGGUACGGCAGAAACACGAAAACGACGAUCAUGGGCGGAAGGGAAAGAUGGCCCGCAGCGCAAGAGAAGAAUACGCUGCGGCGGCGGUCCUGGUUGAGCUACAAACGACAGGCUUGGGCGCCGCUGCGGAUCCUCUCGUGGGCGGCCAUGCGACACACCUCAGACACGCAAGAACGGAAAACGCGAGUUGA